AUGGCAAACCGAAUCAGCUCGAGUAACUUGUCCCUACAAGAAAUGUUAACUUUUAUAGGGAAAGGUGCAACCACUAGGAAAAUGUGUAUUGACAUUUCGGCCGCUUCCACAUCCUAUUUCGGUGUUAUUGUAGCUUCCGCA